ACCUAAAAACCUGUCAUCUACUUACUUAUCUUAUCUUUCCCAUACUCCUAUAUAAAGUGCCAAUGCCAACCAAAGUUACCAAAAACCUAUAAACAACAGCAUAACAAGUUGCAACUUCAAAAAAGACACACAAAGCAAAACAACAACAAUGGAUACUAUGAAAUCUUUCAAAGGUUAUGGCAAAGUAGACGAAAUAGAACAACAAGCAUUCCAAAAAAAGACACGUAAACGCAUCACAAUCAUAAUCAUCUCCUCCAUCAUUCUAGUAGCAGUCAUCAUAGCUGCAGUUGCAGGAAUCCUCAUACACAAGCACAACACUGAAUCCUCUUCCUCACCUAACUCACUCCCCAACACCGAGUUAACACCCGCUACCUCACUCAAAGCAGUUUGUGAGUCAACUCAGUACCCUAACUCAUGCUUCUCUUCCAUCUCUUCUCUUCCUGAUUCCAACACCACUGAUCCUGAACAACUCUUCAAACUCUCACUCAAAGUCGCCAUUGAUGAACUCUCCAAGCUUUCUCUCACGCGCUUCAGUGAAAAAGCCACUGAACCGCGUGUUAAGAAAGCUAUUGGAGUUUGUGAUAAUGUACUUGCUGAUUCAUUGGAUCGGUUGAAUGAUUCAAUGUCGACGAUUGUUGAUGGUGGAAAGAUGCUUUCUCCGGCGAAGAUUCGUGAUGUGGAGACAUGGCUGAGUGCGGCGUUAACGGAUCAUGAUACUUGUUUGGAUGCUGUUGGGGAAGUUAACUCCACGGCGGCGCGUGGUGUUAUACCGGAAAUAGAGAGGAUCAUGAGAAACUCUACGGAGUUUGCUAGUAAUAGUUUGGCCAUUGUGUCCAAGGUGAUCAGAUUGUUGUCAAAUUUUGAAGUUUCAAAUCAUCACCGCAGGUUGCUCGGAGAGUUUCCGGAGUGGUUGGGAACGGCAGAGAGGAGGCUGCUUGCGACGGUGGUGAAUGAAACAGUGCCGGAUGCGGUGGUGGCGAAGGAUGGAAGUGGACAGUAUAAGACAAUAGGCGAGGCGUUGAAGUUGGUGAAGAAGAAGAGUCUGCAGAGAUUUGUGGUGUAUGUGAAGAAAGGGGUGUAUGUAGAGAAUAUUGAUUUGGAUAAGAAUACAUGGAAUGUGAUGAUUUAUGGUGAUGGUAUGACGGAAACCGUCGUAUCCGGUAGCCGGAAUUACAUCGACGGCACACCAACCUUUGAAACCGCCACUUUCGCUGUUAAAGGCAAGGGAUUCAUUGCCAAAGACAUACAAUUCUUGAACACUGCAGGUGCAUCUAAGCACCAAGCUGUGGCAAUGCGAUCCGGCUCAGAUCAAUCCGUGUUCUACAGGUGUUCAUUUGUUGGAUAUCAGGACACCCUUUAUGCACAUUCAAAUCGUCAAUUCUACCGCGACUGUGACAUUACAGGCACCAUAGAUUUCAUAUUCGGAAAUGCCGCUGCUGUGUUCCAAAAUUGCAAAAUCAUGCCUAGACAGCCUAUGUCAAACCAGUUCAACACAAUAACAGCUCAGGGUAAAAAGGAUCCUAAUCAAAACUCUGGAAUUGUGAUCCAGAAAUCAACUUUCACCACAUUACCUGGUGACAAUCUCAUAGCACCUACUUACCUUGGUAGGCCAUGGAAAGAUUUCUCCACCACUAUUAUCAUGAAAUCAGAAAUUGGCUCAUUCUUGAAACCAGUAGGGUGGAUAAGUUGGGUUGCUAAUGUGGAGCCUCCAAGUAGCAUCCUCUAUGCUGAAUAUCAGAACACUGGGCCAGGAGCAGAUGUAGCCGGGAGAGUCAAAUGGGCCGGUUAUAAGCCCGCUCUCGGAGACGAAGAUGCUAUCAAAUUCACUGUGGAUUCCUUUAUCCAAGGCCCAGAGUGGUUGCCAAGUGCUUCUGUGCAGUUUGAUUCUACCAUUUGAUUUUAAUACAUUACUGACCCAAUAGGCCAAUACCAUCAAAUUUAUUGUAUUAUCAUACCCUUGUAAGUUGUAACUUAUAUUGCACUCAUUUUUUUUGACCUGCUUUGGAAUGGUUUGUAAAAUUAGUAGCUAAUGUGGUUUGGAAAGGGAUUUCAAAUCCAGAAUAUGAAACACCUUUUAAAAGACUGGUUUGGCAGAAAGACUUGUAUACUUUAAAUGAUCGUGUAAAAAUGUAAUAUUGACUUAUAAGAGUUUUUGAAAA